CGUGAUCAGAUUCCAGCCAGAAUCCACCUGCAGAGCGGCUCUGCUUGUCCGAUGCUUCGGGAGAAGAAAAGAGGAGGAAGAGAAGAAAAACUCAGCAAAGUCCGAAUUUCUCUCACUUUCGGGACGAACUCGGAGAAGAUCGAUCCGCAGUGAUGAAGCCGAUCAGUAACGCGCUGCUCUUGGUGAGCUUGGCGGUUUGGAGUGCAGUGUGUGGGUUGGAGAUCACCUCCACUGGACCGACCUCCAUAGAGAAGGCCAGCGGUGAGAGUGUGAAGCUGGACUGCCAGUUCACUCUGGCCACCGAGGACUCUGGACCACUGGACAUUGAGUGGAGCCUCCAACCGUCCGACAACCAGAAAGAGGAGAAAGUGGUGAUCCUGUAUUCGGGCGAUCGAGCCUAUGAGAAUUACUAUGCUCCACUGAAGGGCCGAGUUCACUUUAACUCUCCCGACCCGAAGAACGGCGAUGCCUCCAUAAACCUGCUGAGUCUGGAAGCGUCCGACACCGGAACCUACCAGUGCAAAGUGAAGAAGGUUCCGGGCAUCCGCAGCAGGAAAGUCCUGCUGACCGUUAUGGUGCGGCCCUCUAAGCCCAGGUGUUCUAUUGAGGGUUCUGCUCAGGUGGGCAAAGAUGUGGUUCUUAAGUGUAAGUCGUCUGAUGGAACGAGUCCUCUGCAGUACAUCUGGGACAAAACCAGCGGCAACAAACUGCUACCAGCUAAUGCAGUACUGGAUUCUGUCGGGGGAACCAUCAGCAUCCGCAAUGCCACUGAGGCUGUUUCAGGAACGUACCGCUGCACCGCCAAGAACCGCGUAGGAACCGAUGAGUGUGUUCUAGAGCUCAACAUUACACAACCUCCUAACACGGCUGGUGUGAUCGCCGGCUCUGUGAUCUGUGUGCUGCUAAUUCUUAUCCUCAUCGCGCUAAUCUUGUUCUGCUGCUGUCGCGCUCGUCAAAAGAAGAAGUACGAGAAGGAGAUUUCCCACGAGAUCAGAGAGGAUGUUCCUCCUCCUAAAAGUCGGAUCUCCACGGCGCGGAGCUUCACCAGCGUGGGCAGUCAGCGUUCCUCUCUGGGCUCCAUGUCCCCCUCCAACCUGCACGAGUACACCAAAGCCCAGUACGACAAAAUCCCGUCUGAGGAGUAUGAGAGGCCCCCUAGCCAUGCCCCCCAGCCCCCUAGCUUCGCCCCCAGCAGGAUGGCCGCACCCAACCUGAGCCGCAUGGGGGCCAUUCCGGUCAUGAUCCCGGCACAGAACAGGGAUGGGUCCAUCGUGUAAGGCUGGGGGCCAGUUGGGGGGUGCAGUGCCAGUGUCACUAUGCCAGCCUGACUGUCCGGAGUGGCACUGACUGCAGCACAGAGCUUCUCAAUAAAACACACUGUGAUCUUCCAGAACUUGAGCAGAUCUGUAGAAACUCUGAGAAGAUCAUCAUCAUCCACUUAUAAGAUCAGUGAAGGUGGACUCGUGUUCGGUUCUGUAAAUAGUACACAUGAUUUUUUAUUUUAUUUUUUAUUUUUUACUUUGGUGGUCCUUUGUAGUGAGAGAUGUUCUAGCUGACUUAGGGACUCAGUUCUUCACCUGUGAAAAAUCUAGAACAGUGAGAUGUGAAAUAAGAACUACAUUCCAAACUCAAAAUGAUUUUAUUUGAAACCUUAUAAAGUCGCAUUUGCCCUGAUUGCUUUUUUAAAGUCCCCCCAAAUUAGAAUGAUCAAGUUUUAUAUGAAGGUCACUUUACACUUGGUUCUGUAGGUUCUGCUGUAGAACAUUCAAAUCAACUGAAAUGUACGGAGAAUUGUGUAAAGUUUUUCCUUAAUUCACAAAUGCUUCUCUGAUUUUCUAGUUUUACCUGUAGGUUUACCUGAAAUUUUACCUGUGGGUUCACCUGUAGGUUCUCCUGUGGGUUUACUUGUGAGCUGUUUGAGAGCUCCAGUUAGUGAGAGCUGAUUGGUCACCUGUUUAUGGUUAGUGCUAAAUCGGAGGUCAUGUUCAGACUCACUGAGCGAUCUGAUUUAAUCAUGUUUGACUGCUCAGAUGUGACCAGGCCAGACUAUCUGAUCCCUGAAGCCUCCGAUUAAGGCACUGUUCUCACUGAGAUCCUUGAAUGAAAUACUUUAUCAUUAUUGAAGUUUUUAUUUUCUCCGGUUCCGCUGCUCUAGAAGAUGAGGGACCUUUUCUGAGGUUAUAUGAAGUGUUUGUAGGAAAUAUAAGUGAUAUAUAUAAGUGAUCACUGUGGAGGCUGGAAUCAGCCUCGCAUCAGUUAUUCUCUUUAGAUGAUUAAUUACGCCAGUAAACUUGAGUAGGAAUCUUGCGACUGAGGUUCUUGAGGUUCUGGAACAGUUCCUGUUCUAGGUCAGAGAACCUCACCGCUCCCAUGGUCAGUGUAGAGCGACAGAGCACUGUUAGUGAUGGGAGAUCUGCCGAACUCACUCCUGGUGCCUUUUCUUCUCUCUGGCUUUAAUGAAGGUGUUUCACAGCACAUAUUUAUUCAGAGUUUAGUUACUGAUUAAUCUCCCGCUGACUCGAUCCUCAUAACGCUGAACAGAACAGUGGUGUAAACUGAUAGUGACACACGGAGAACCUGGUCUUGUGCUCAGUAGUAACUGCUGACUCGUACUGAUGAGAUCUUAAAGGGCUCAUAUUGUGGAAAACUGAAUUUGCCUUACUUUUAUGAAAUAAGAGAUUAAUGCAGUUUGGAAACAUUAUUACAGUGUCACAAUGUUCUGUUCACUCCAGCGGCCUGAUUUAAAUUCACUGUUUCUGUGACGUCACAGAAACCAACACAUUUUAUAUACAAAUACAUGCAGCAGUUUUGCCCCUGUGUAAGCCUGUUUAUUGUAGAUACAGUCAGUCAGUCAGUGCUGCAGCUGAACUGCAGCAUCAGUGAUCAGCGUCAGUCACUCUAUCACUGUUGUUCUUUUACACAGCAGCUUCUCAGCUUCUGUUUAUCCACAGUUUCUGUUUAAUCUGCAAAUAAACAUAUUUACUGUUUUUAACAGGAUAAACAAGUCUCUCCCAUAAAACACAGUUCUCCAAAACGCUGUCCUGUCCUGAAAACUAACACACACACACACGCACACACACACUGUGGGGUGUUAGUGCUGAUUUGUGUUCCUGUGCAGUUCAGUGUGUUAUUACAGUGUAAUAAACAGCACUGCUGUGAUCUGAGCUGAUUACAGAGAGAAAUUAAACUCUUCACUGAUUAAAUUAACUGUAGCUCUUCAGCCGAAAACUAA